AUGAAGCGUCUAGCAAUUUUCGCAGGAAUAUUGAUCGCGGGUGUUCUUGGCGUUGCUCAACAGCAGCCUCCAUAUCCUCAAUAUCCGCAAUGUGCGGAAAACUGCACAGUCACAACAGCAUCACAGUUCAAUUGCUCUUCAGGUAAUAUCACCUGCAGCUGCUCGAGCCAGUUUCUCGCCGUUCUCUAUCCAUGCAUUGAGACAGAAUGUUCUGUGUUGGAAAGCUUGGCUGCCAAAAAUGUUACCGCCAAUGCGCGGUGUCAUCUAUCAGACCCCGAUGAUGGAAAGAUAUUGCUCAUCAUUGCGCCGAUAUGCGGCGCUAUUGCGACUUUGAUUCUGGGGAUGAGAAUAGCCACAUCCUUUUUGCGGCGUUGCCGGUUAACAGCCGAGGAUUAUCUGAUCAUAGUCUCAUGGUUGGUGGUUGUGAGCCAUGUCACCAUUGCGGUUGAAAUGUACAAGACCGGAGUGGGUCGAAAUAUAUGGAAUAUUCCUCUGGAGGAUACCUACUUCAACAUGAAGCUGUUUUUCGUCGUAGACCUCGGGUAUCUUACUGCCAUCUCCUUGACGAAAAUAUCCAUACUUCUAUUCUAUCUUCGACUAUUCCCCCACAUAAUCGUCACCUUGUAUGCCUUUAUCGUCGUCAUAGCCUGCUAUAAUGUGUCCUUCGUUGUGGCUCUUCUACUGUCACAUAUCCCACUCAGCGGCGCGUGGACGGCUUGGGACGGGCAAUUCAUCGGCCGCCAGAUCAAUGUCGACCUCAUGUGGUAUGUGGCUGCCAGCCUGAAUAUCGCUUUGGAUCUGGGAAUCAUACUCCUACCACUCUGGCAAUUGCGGCACUUGCGUAUGAGCUUUAGCAAGAAGCUGCGGGCCAGUUUGAUGUUUCUGGGCGGAAUCUUUGUCAUUAUUGCCUCCACUGUCCGCAUGCCCAACCUCCGCAACGCCUCUACAGCGACAAACCUUAUGCGCGUGGACUCCGUCAUCGCUCUCGGUUGGUGGAGCACUAUCGAGAUCACGGCUAGCAUCCUGGUGGCGUCGAUGCCCAGCAUGCGCCUGUUUGUCUUGUACUUCUUCCCGCGAGCUGAAUCCGAGGCCGACAGCGGUGGUGGCUUUUCAGGCAGCCCGAAUCGAGAUAUUCACUGGCGCAGGCCAUCAGCAAACAACGAUAUGGCGAAAUGCAAGCGGAGGGGGUUGAACAUUCUGGUUACGGAUUAUGCCUUAGAAAGUUCGUCAACACAAGACUUAGUUGAUAUGGUGACGUCGAGUCAGCCCAAGGGGUUUCAUUAG